UUUAUUUGGAGGGCGGGGGGCGAUCUCAAGCUCUUUUCGUUGCGGAAAGUCUUUGAAGUAAGGGAUCUAGAAGAGUGUCCCUGGGCGACCAUGCCAGGCGCCUGGUGCUUGGUGACGCUGCUAUUCCGGGAAAGUGGAGGCAGAGGGCGCGGUCUUGGCCCGGCAGCCACUCGCUGAAGCCCCUGGCAGGGGUUCGCCAAGCUGUCCUGCCGGGUCCCUUGCCCAUCCCCGCCGCCGCCGUGACAGUUGGGGGUCUAGGGAGCCGACUGGAGGAGACCCGCGCAUUGUCUGCCGCGCGAUGGGGACGUGGGCGUGCCGGCUGCCUUCACCUCCUCCAGGACCCGGCGAUUGUAUUGUGUGGGGAGGAGCCGGCCGAAAAGCCCUCGGGGCUUAAAACGCCAGAAAGUUCGCGGGCCGCUGGCCACCAACCUUCAGCCCUGGCGGCCCACGCCCUGAGCCCAGUUCGGGAAGAGGCGCUGUCUACGGAUUUGCAUUAGAAUUUAGGAUCCUGGAAGCCCCUUCCCCCACGCCCCAGGUUUGAAUUGCUAGAGGAGGAAUUCCGAAGCCUGCCUUUCCCUGUCUCCUGAGCUCACUGCCGGGAAGCUGCUGCCUGCGUGUCCUGGAACUUAAAUUGUGUGAAGUUGUGAGUUGCUCCACCUUCAGAGGGGGACAGCUUUCCAGCCUCACUGAAUGCAGAGGUAGAGUUCAUGGGGUGGAGUUCACAACCAGCACACUCAUGCGCUUUGAUGGAAAUUACAAAGCCACAAGUGCCACCCCCCUCUGGAGAGAAGCAGGGAGGAGACCCAGGACCCCGGGCACCCUGCACCUCUGCUUCCAGGCUGGGUGGGUGAAGACAGGGUCUGCAGCCAGGAUCUACGGCAUCUUCUUCUGUGACCAAAGCUCCAAGGUCAGGGACUCUGUAAAUGGCUCGACUCCCUGCCGGCAUCCGCUUCAUCGUCUCCUUCUCCAGGGAUCAGUGGUACAGGGCCUUCAUUUUCGUCCUGACAUUUCUGCUGUACGCCAGUUUCCACUUAUCCCGAAAGCCCAUCAGCAUAGUGAAGGGUGAGCUGCAUAAGCACUGUGCUGGGGGUGAGGCUGAGCCCAGCUUCAGUGGCCAGAGCAGCAGCGCCGGCCACAGGCCCCCUCGCCAGCUCCCGGACAACGAGACUGACUGCGGCUGGGCCCCGUUUGAUAAGAACAACUAUCAGCAGCUGCUCGGGGCCCUGGACUACUCCUUCCUGUGCGCCUAUGCUAUUGGGAUGUACCUGAGUGGCAUAAUAGGGGAGCGCCUGCCCAUCAGGUACUACCUGACGUUCGGGAUGCUGGCCAGCGGGGCCUUCACCUCCCUGUUUGGGUUGGGAUACUUCUACAACAUCCACAGUUUCGGAUUCUACGUGGUCACGCAGAUCCUCAACGGACUGGUGCAGACCACGGGCUGGCCCAGCGUUGUCACCUGCCUCAGCAACUGGUUUGGGAAAGGAAGGCGAGGGCUGAUCAUGGGCGUCUGGAACUCCCACACCUCCGUGGGCAACAUUCUGGGCUCCUUGAUUGCUGGCUACUGGGUGUCCACGUGCUGGGGCCUGUCCUUCAUCGUGCCUGGGGCCAUCGUGGCAGCCAUGGGGAUAGUGUGCUUUCUCUUCCUUAUUGAGCAUCCGAAGGACAUCAGAUGCUCCUCCACCCUGUCCAUGCACUCCAAAGGCUACGAGAACACAGUGGACAGAUUCAGACUCCACAAGCCAGUCCUGCACGGCGAGAAGAGCAGGCCUCUGACCCUCACCCAGGACCCAGAGAUGCAGUGCUUACUGAUGGCUGACGGGAAGAGUUCCAUCUGCCCGAGCCACGUCGUCGUCCUGCCAGGGGACAGCGGGAACAGCAUGACCGCCAUCAGCUUCACGGGGGCCUUGAGAAUCCCGGGUGUGAUUGAGUUCUCUCUCUGCUUGCUCUUUGCCAAGCUGGUCAGCUACACUUUCCUCUUUUGGCUCCCGCUGUACAUCACCAGCGUGGACCACCUCGAUGCCAAGAAAGCCGGCGAGCUCUCCACCUUGUUCGACGUGGGCGGGAUCUUCGAGCAGCCCAGGCCUGGGCGUUGGCCCCUCAGCCCGUCCCUGUCUGUGGCAGGUGGGAUUCUGGCGGGUGUCAUCUCCGACCGGCUGGAGAAGCGGGCCUCCACCUGUGGCCUGAUGCUUCUGCUCGCGGCCCCCACGCUCUACGUCUUCUCCUCCGUCAGCAAGAUGGGCCUGGAGGCCACCGUAGAGCAGCAGCAUGAAGUCAGAGGACCGUUGGACUUCCUGCCAGCAGCACCUGCAAGUUACUCCCUGGCCCUUGGGAGACAUGCUGACAAGUCUGCAAGUGGGGCUGGGGGGACGUGGGCCAUGCUGCUCCUCAGCGGGGCCCUGGUCAGCGGACCCUACGCACUCAUCACCACCGCCGUCUCCGCUGACCUGGGCACUCACAAGAGUCUGAAAGGGAACGCUCACGCCCUGUCCACCGUGACGGCCAUCAUCGACGGCACCGGGUCUGUAGGAGCAGCCCUGGGCCCCCUGCUGGCGGGGCUCAUCUCCCCCUCGGGAUGGAGCAACGUGUUCUACAUGCUGAUGUUUGCAGACGCCUGUGCCUUACUGGCUGAAGGAACACUGACCACGGAGUCCCGUGGAGGAAGGGCUGAGCCCGUCCCUCACAAACUGUUUGGAGAGAAAGCUGAAGGAGGACCCUGCCCUGAGUGGCUCGCCCUUGCCUUUUGCACACGCUCCUGGAAAAGGCCCAAGGGCCGACUUGAGAAUUCCUGGCACUAGUCACACAGACGGGCGCUCAGGACAGCAGCGCAGGUCCAGGACGCUGUCCGACUGCCUUAGCUGAGCCCAUGGACGGACAGCUCUGCCCGCCCCAGCCCCACAGAUGCGCGUCCAUCUAGUCCCUUGAAUACAGUAUGUGACAGCCCCGUGGCACUGACCCACAGCACCUGGCAGCCCCGUCCCUCUCAGGUACCCAGCAGCAGUGUUAAAGUGCACGAGCCCCACGCUGCAGGAGAUCCGGCCACCACGUGCCGCGGGUCCCGGAGGACUUGAACGGGCAGCGAAAGGCCGGGCCUGGGACCUCAAGGACACGUCAGCCAGCCUGGAGCCCGCCUCUGCCUGGCAUCAGAACCAAGGCAGAACCAAGACCCCUACUACCCAACAGGUUUCUCCAUCCCUUCCCAGACUCGGUCCCCACCUGGACACUGAUGGUCAGGAAGUGGACAGAGAUGGCAAUACGCUGCCUAAGGAACCAGCCCCAGGACACUGUGACCCCUGCCCAGCUCCAGGCGUCCUGCUGGUGUCUGCAGCCACGCACUGCUGGUCCCCUGUGAUGUCCAGGGCCGGGGCAGAGGCCUGGGAAGGGGCCUGGCUGUGGGCACCAAGAGCCACGGGCAUCUCUGAGCCACUUGACUCGGUCACAUGCACAAACACGGGAGCAGUUUCUAGAUCCAUAGCAACAGAGGGGAUAUUUAUUUAAAAUGUAUGAUGUGUUAUCUGAGGUUAAAGGAAUACAAAUGGCAUUUUGUUAUUUAUUAAGACAAACUAGUGGCUCUCUGGACAUCUGUUUUCUGGGUUGGCUAUAGCAACGUUCUUAGCUGCCUUUUGAAAUAAAAUGGGUUUUUAAAAAAAAUCCAAGCAGAAUA